AUGGCAGACUCGACGACAAGUCAACGCGCAGAAGAGCUGGUGACGCAGGCCAAAACAUGUAUUGAACAACGCCAACUCCAGAAAGCAACACAAUUAGCCAAGGAAGCAGCUUCACUGGCACCUACCAAUCAAAACGUCCAGGCCUUGAUUCAAUACCUAUCAAAGGAAGAUUCCGCUGGAAGCCAGAUUCUCCCGCUCAUCAAAAGCUAUGUGGAACAUGGAAACGAAAGCGACGGCCGCGAAGCUGUAAGGCUAUUGAAGCAGCAGGCUGCUGUGCCUAGCGAUCACGUUACCGAUAUCGCUCACCUACUAUUCGACCAUGAUGGCAAGCCAACAGAAGUUAGGGACGAAUUGACUGGAGCCUUCGUGAUCAAUUCCGCCGCAGCACGUAAACAACUUGCCAACAGGAUUCAAGUCGGCACAGAAGCGACCCGUUACUUCCGUCUACUCUGGAGACGUGGUCAAUACAGUUUCAACAGCAUCCUUCCGGUUCUCUUGGACGCGGAUGCCUGGCCUACUUCAGAAAUCCAGACUCAGGCCAAGCGAGAUGCCUUCUUACUCGCUCUGGGCAAACUCCUGGACCCAGCAUUAGAGCAUGGAGAGUGGAGCAUGACCCUGAUCGCCAGAUUGCUCACUAGUAAUGCGCAUGAUAUGGCAGGUCUCAUUGAUCGCGACGCUUUCGAAAUUGUACUAGCACAACUUGACAUCCGCCUCAACACCAAGAUUAGAGCACAGGCAACUUUGGCUGUUGCAAAACUUCUUGAAGAAACACGCGAGGAGGGUGAAACAAUAUUCACCGAAUACGUCACUAAAUCUGUCUCGAAAGGUCACAACGAUGAACUGAUUGUGGCUUUCUCCGCAGCAGCUUCGGUGUUCCCUCUCGUGCCGCAGACCGUGGCCAAACUGUUUCUGACACCUGGAUUCCUCGAAGGGCUGGUACCUGUUCUUGAAAGAAAUACAAUGGGACAGAGAACGUCACAUCGUCUCGAACAGGCAGCUAUGGAGUUGAUGAGUGCGGCAUGUGUAGACAAGGCAUGCAGGGAGAGCAUUGCCAAGAUCGCAUAUAACUGGCUCGACGAUGUAGCACAUACAAGUACAGAAGCAGAGGCUGCCAGCAUGGCUGCACUGGUAUUGGCAAAGAUACCGCCAAAACCAGACUCAGAACAGUCUUCAGUGACACAUGCAGACGACCUCUCGUCUCUGCUCGUGAAACUUACAAUGAAUGCUAGCAGCCCGGCAGAACAUCAGAGCUCAAUCGAAGGGUUGGCAUAUACAUCGCUCCAACCCAAAAUCAAAGCCGAGAUUGUGUCUAACACUGCCUUGCUCAAGAAGCUGAUUGAACGUCUUAAGUCCACGACUACAGCUGAUCCAUGUACCUUUGGAAUCUUGACCAUUUUCUCGAAUCUGGUUUCCUACCGCCCAGCCCAGAGCGAAGAGCAGCAGAAGAUAUCACAACUGAGAAACUACGCAGAGGCCAAGAAGCCCGAGGAGAAGGAUCCAUUGGACGACGAUGAGCAAGUAUCAGCAAGAUGCAAGACAGUGUUGGACGCCGACCUCGUACCAGUCCUUGUGGCAGCGGCUAGAAGCCACUACACUGUGACGAUACUGGGCAUUGCAGCCAAGAUACUGCAUUCACUCGCCCGCGAGCAAAAGUAUCGUGGCAAACUUGCACAACAAGGAGCUGUAAAGCUGCUCCUACAAACUAUUGAUCGACUCCAGACACCGACCGGUCCUGCCUCGUCAUCCGAUUCGGCAGAAGCAGCCAUCCAUAUCGCUGCACACGCACUCGCCCGCAUUCUGAUAUCUGUUAACCCUCAGCAUGUCUUUAGUCGCGCUAUGCCCGCCAUCUCCGCUCUACGUCCUUUGGUUCUUCUUCUCACCCCCGACACCACAUCUGACACUCGCGACUUACUUCCAGUCUUUGAAUCUCUGCUCGCUCUGACCAAUCUUGCCUCGUUGGAAGACGAUGCAGUCAAAGACGCUCUCCUUCGUCAAGCCUGGCAACCCACCGAAGACCUCUUACUAUCAACCAACAAACUGGUCCAACGCGCAGCCGUAGAACUCGUCUGCAACCUUAUGGCCUCACCCGCUGGUGUCGCAAAAUAUGCCGAUGGCAGUGCUGCUGCAAAACAUCGCCUACACGUGCUUCUGGCUUUGGCAGACGCAGAAGACCUAGCUACGAGACGCGCUGCUGGCGGCGCGCUCGCUAUGCUAACCGAAUGGGAUGCUGCUGCAAAAGCAGUACUUGAACACGAGCGUGGUGUUGGUAUCCUGCUGGACAUGUGUGGCGACGACAGUGAUGAGAUCAAGCAUCGAGGCUUGGUUUGUAUCCUCAACACUAUUUCUGCACCUGGAGAAAUCGGCACGCUCGGAAUGAGUAAGGUGAAGGAGCAGAACGGACUUGAGGAGAUCAAAAGCGCAUUGCGCGAGUGCAGAGAUACGAAUGUCAUGUCCAUCGGUGUUGAGGUCCUCAAAGCAAUCAUGGCCGAGGACAAGAACAGGGGUAAAGCCAUCACGCAAGAACAAGGGUCAGUUGCUGAGAAAAAGGGGCAGUCUAUUUGUGGCAGCUGCGAUUGA